UUAAACCUCCGGGCCACCACGACAGAUAAUCUGUUCACAAUCAAUUCAUACUUUAAAAUGAGAACGAUAACGAAUUGAUUGUAGUUGAUCUUAUCUAGAAGUUCAUUAGCAACUGAAUUAAAGUGUUUUGUUUUUAAUUCGCAUUUUGUAUUCAAGUGUUCAUGACGUGUAAACCGUUUGAAAAUGCUGAAUGGAAUAGUUACAUUUUUGCUCUUUAUUCUUGUUAAAAUGUGUUUAACACAAAACUCGAAUUAUUUUGGACAAUUAGAACCAUUUACACCGGAAGAUUUCAAUCAAAAACCUGUUAUUGAUGGCCCAGGGAUAUGCCACAGUUCAAAUAUUAAAUGUUUGGCGAAUCUAAAACCACACGAAGUAGACGUUUGUGCUUUCGUCAAAAAUGAGGGUUUGAUAGAUUUUGACUUCAUAUGUAGCAUUUAUUUCGAAAAUUGUGAGAGACAAACGAAAGCUGGUCACAACAUGAUGUAUUCGUACGGUGUUCGAAACGAUGAUGAUUUUAUUUAUCAAAACGGUCUAAUGCAUGAUUGUAAAUUUUACUUCAAAAUGGCAAAGAAUGCAGCACAUGCUGUUCAAAUUUAUUUCGAAGCCGGUGCGGAAGGCCCCGAAUAUUAUGCACAUGAAGGUGGCGAUAUGGAUCCAAAUAUAUUGGUUUGACAAUACACAGAUUUCUAUGAUAAAACUGUCGUAAUAAUUGUAAAAAAUAAAUAUUUAUUUAUUGAAAUUAAAUUAUAUUAAUCCCGUAACAGUUUCAAUAAGUCUCUCAUGACUUGGCUGCAUGGCGCUCACGACCAUGUUUAUAUGAAUGUUUUAUUACUCAAUCACGUCGAAACGGCUUAAGGGAUUGAAAUAAAAUUUGGA